AUGUUUUACAGCAAGGACCUGCUGGGCAAGAGGUCGCCCCUGGGCGCCAUUUGGGUGGUGGCGCACGGGAAGCGGCUGGGGAAGGCGAAGCUCCUCGGGAUCGACCUGCAGGACUGCAUCGAGAAGAUCAUCCACCCCGACGCGCCGCUGAGUCUGCGGUUGAGCGCGCUCCUGGCGGGUGGCUGCGCGGUGGUGUUCUCGAAGCAGGUCGGGUACUUGCACGACGACACCCUGAGCACCAUGAACAAGGUGAACAGCGCACUGGUGGCUCCUCAGUCGGACGACGAGACGAUGGCGGAGGAGGGCCAGAAGAAGUCGAAGAAGCGGACGAAAAAGCGCAAGAGGGGCGCCGUGAACAUCAACCUCACGCAGGGCGACGUGGUCAACCAGCUCCAGUUCCUCACGGCGCCGGACAACCUCAUGCAGGACCUCCUGCUCGUGGACGAGCAGCGCGUCUUCGGGGACCCCCUCACGGACAGCCUCGAGGCCGUGCACACGCCUGGGCAGUCCGGCGUGUCGCCUGGCAGCUUCCGGCUCUUCCACAGCGGCAACGGCGGCACCAGCUCCGGGGAACGCGGCUUCGGCGCGUCUGGCGACAUACUCGACGCCAACCACGGCCGCUUCGCCGUCGACGGCUUCGGGGGCGACCUCGACGUGCCGUUCGACAUGCCCGAAAUCGGCGGCGACAACCACCCCCGCAACGACAACGACUUUGCCGCGUUCGAGGACGGGCGCCAGGACGAGAUCGUCGGCUUCGGGGACGGCGCCCCCGAGGUCUACGACGACGUCAUCGUCCCGGAUCCCGAGGACGGCGGCGAGCGCGGAGACGGCGCCGCCGCCCCAGCGGCCCGCAGGAAGGCGGGGGGUGUCAAGCGUUCGGCCAAGAGGCGCAAGACGACGGCCGACGAGCCGGGGGAGCUGCAGGUGCCCCCCGAGGAGUUCUACCUCCGCCUGCACGACACGGCGGACCUCGUGACGGACCGCCCGAAGCACCGCCCGGCUGCGGCCGACGUCAGCGCGACGCAGCUGCGCGGCCUCCUCGCGGCGCCGCGCCUGGCCACCGACGACGUCCUCCCGCCGAACGCGCCGCUCCUGGAUCUGCUCGGCCCGCUCGCGGUGACGCUGCACGGCAAGGGCAAGUCGAAGCGGGCGCAGCGGAGGACGGACGCGGCGGCGAACGAGGGGGGGGGUGUGUCGCCGGAGAGGCCCCCCGCGGAGGAGUUCGUGCUGGGGCACGACGGCGGCGCGUUCGACUUCGUGCACGAGGGCGCGCAGCUGGACGGGAGGGGGGAGUUCGGCGCGGAGCAUGACGUGAUACACGACGACGGCCCGAUUCAGGAGGAGGGGGGGUUCGGAGACACCCCCCUUCGGGAGGGCGACGGCGCGGUGCUGCCGGCGGUGCUGGCCGGCGAGGACAUCGAGGUGGAGCAGCUGCGGCGCGCGCUGACCACGCCGAGCGCCAGGGCCAGUCCGACUGACUUUGCAAACCUGGGGUUGGGCGUACAGCGGUCGGACGGACAGGGGAGCGGGGGCCCGAGCGGCGGACCCGCGCAGCCCGGCGCGUCGUCCGGCGGCGCGACGCCCAACGCCAGCUCGGGCAUGAAUUCCGACGGCGUGCGCGCCGACACGCUGGACGAGAUGCUGCGGAUCGACUCCGGCGACGUCCUCGCGGAUCGCGACGCGGACGCGCUGCCGGGCAGCGGGACGCAGGCGCUGGGGCUGGAGACGGAGCGGCCGACGCAGGACGCGCCGCUGCUGCCGGGCGCGACGCGCGCGACGCUCGCGGUGGUGGCGCUGUUCGCGGCCAAGUUCGGCGUGUGCAGGGACAAGGGCCUUCCGGAGGAGAUCUCGUUCGCGCACGUAGCCGCGCCGCUGAGCCGGUCCGAGGCGGCGAAGCUGUUCCUGCACGUGACCGCGUGCGUGUCGCAGGGUCUGGUGGUUGCGGACCAGGCGGGCCCGUACGAGGACAUCGUGAUCACGCCGGGCGCCAUGAUGGGCGCCGCGUGA